CAAAGUUUGCACUGUUGUGGGGCAUCAGUUAGAAAUCAGUAACAUCCAGUAGGCCUUUUGGUAAUAAGGUCAGAUGGCUGCUGUUGGCAUCCUAGAGCUUAAAAAGAGGAAGACAUCGUGUUUCAGCUCAUUAGGAGAUAGGAACCGUCUGACUGAAGCAGGUGGCACAAUGUCUCAACUGAGGCAUUGUAUCUUAUAGUACAACCAUUUGACUGAACUUGGUAGCUGGUAUAGACGGGUAUAAUAGUUUUACUUCAGGCUUCAAAGUAAGUUUGAAGGUUUUUUGUUCCUAAUACUACUUGUUUUUAAAGCUUUAACUGCACACCGUUCUAAAAAUGCAAAGCUUCAAAUGUUUGACUGAACUUUUGAGUCUAUAACAAAAAUCAAGUAAGGUUUUUCUUGUAAAGUGUUAUGAUUGUUUUAUAAGCCUAGGGGAUCAUGAUAAAUGUUACACAGGUUUCAUAUUUCACACUGACUUCCUACUUUGACGUUGGUGUCUUCACAUAUUUAUAUUUUAUGAUUAUUAUGUCUUUGUAUAUUCUAAUUGUUUGCUCCAAUCUCCUGCUCAUUGUGGUUAUCUGUAUGAACAGAAGCUUACAUGAACCUAUGUACAUUUUCCUGUGCAGCCUGUUUGUAAAUGAACUGUAUGGUAGUACAGGGUUGUUUCCAUUCCUGCUGGUUCAGAUCCUCUCUGACGUUCACACUGUUUCUGCUUCACUUUGUUUCUUGCAGAUUUUCUGUGUGUACUCUUAUGUGUGUGUAGAGUAUUUAAACUUAGCCGUCAUGUCUUAUGACAGAUAUCUCGCUAUCUGUUUUCCUCUGCAAUAUAACACAUACAUGACACCUAAAAUGGUUGCCAUGCUUGUUGCUCUGACAUGGUUAUUUUCUUUUCUUUCAAUUGUUGUUUUGAUAUCAUUGAGUGCACCUCUACAACUGUGUGGAAACAUUAUUAACAGAGUUUACUGUGGAAACUACUCUAUUAUCAAACUGGCCUGCUCUGACACUGGACUACAUAACAUUUAUGGACUAAUUAACACUUUUAUCUCAGUCAUCAUUCCUCUCAGUUUAAUCAUUUGCACUUAUUUGAAGAUUCUCAAAGUGUGUUUUUCCGGUUCGAAACAGACCAGACAAAAAGCUGUGAGUACCUGCACACCUCACCUGGCUUCUCUGCUCAACUUUUCUUUUGGUUGUUGUUUUCAAAUAUUACAGAGCAGAUUUGAUAUGAGCAGUAUUCCCAGCAUUUUGGGUAUUUUACUAUCACUGUACUUUCUGACAUGCCAGCCUCUUUUUACCCCAGUAUUAUACGGACUGAAGAUGUCCAAAAUCCGCACUAUAUGUAAACAUUUCCUGUGUGGUGAAGCAUAGGCCUUCCAACAAAUUAGUUUAGUACCUUCAUUCACAAGUGUCAACACUAAAGUCUCUACUUUUAAUUUGUGUGUGGAAAGGAAAGAAAUUAA